UGUCUGUAUCGUGCUUUUAGGAAGAGAGAGGCGCGGUUUGUGUUUGCUGAGAUGUCGGAUCCGUACGAGCGUGUGAAAGGAGGAAGAUUGGCAUUCAAAGGAGGGAUUCUCGCCUCUCGCUCCAAAUCCAUCGAGAAGAAGGGCAAGAACAAGAAGAAGAAGCGGACGACGGCGUCGGCCGCCGAGGACGAGGACUCCGGCCAUAACCCUAACCCUAACCCUGACGAACUUGUCGAGACCCCCACCGACAAAAAGGCGGAGGGAUCUGAAUACACCAUCGACGCGGCGAAGCGUAUGAAGUAUGACCAACUCUUCCCUGUGGAAGCCAAGAAGUUCGGCUACCAACCCAAAACUAACUUCAACUCAGUUGAGGACGCCCUCGAUGAUCGUGUCAAGAAGAAGGCUGAUCGUUAUUGUAAAUGAAACUAUCAAUCAGUUGUGGUAGCGGUACCAUGCACUCAUUUUCCGCUGCUGUAAAUGUAGCACUUUGUUGCAGAUAUUUCAUUAUUAUGAAUGGAUUCAAUAUUAUGCUUCAGUGCAAUCAUGUGUGGUUCAUCUGUCUCGGUAACACUGAUGAAUCCUUAUUUGUUGUGUGAUAUUCUUCUAUUAUUAUCAACCAGGGUCUAAUAUUAAAACAUAGUUUUUACUUAAGGACAAAGGAAGAAAAACAUAGGAUCAAGCAACAUAUUGUUGCUUUAGACAGCCCAGGUUUAGAAAAUAGUUGCCUUUUACAGUUCGGGCGAAAUGAAAUUAUGUUGUAAGUUCAUUUUGAUUUCUAGAAUCACUGACAAACUUGCUGAUUAGGGAUAACAGUGUGUGUAGAAUUUCUAGAAUCGCAUUCUUGAAUAUAUUUCUAAUUAAAUGUCUA